GCCUGUGCUCCUCAGCCUGCUCGGCAGCCUGCUCGGCGGGGCGCCCGGAGCGGGGCCCGUUGAGGCGGCGGCGGCGUUGGGGGCAGCAUGAAUGGCAGAGCGGACUACCUGCUGACGGAGGAGGAGAUCCACCUCACCCGGGGGCCCGCAGGGCUGGGCUUCAACAUCGUCGGCGGGACAGACCAGCAGUUCAUGCCCAGCGACAGCGGCAUCUUCGUCAGCCGGAUCAAAGAGAAUGGGGCUGCGGCCCUUGACGGGCGGCUCCAGGAGGGCGACAAGGUCCUAGCGGUGAAUGGCAAAGACUUGAAGAAUUUGUUGCACCAGGAUGCCGUGGACCUGUUUCGAAAUGCCGGUUAUGCUGUGUCCCUCAAAGUGCAGCGCAAGUUACAGGUUCAGAAUGGCCCCGUGAAUCACCGAGGCGACGGGGACCCCCGCGGCCUCCCCCUAGCCGCAGUGCUGGUGCCAGCGCUCGCCCUCGCCGCCCUUGCCACCUGGGCCUUCAUCAGGUCCCGACAGCGACUGUGACCGGAAGCCUGCACCUCUCGAACUCCGCGCCCAACCCGAGGUCCCCAUCCCCUGUCCCCCGCUGCCGUGGCCGGUGACCGCCGUGGGAUCCGAAGAGAGAGAGAGAGACUCCCCCAACCCAGACUGGACUGGUGUUGGGCAGGGCUGACCGGCAGGAGUGGGAGCCGCCACCGGGCCCGCUGACCUGGUUGGGCGGGAGACAAAGCGACCGCAUUCAUGGGGCGAGCCCUUCUGUCAUCCUCUUCCCCUCCCCUGCCCCCUCUAGCCUCUGCCCCGGACGUUGACGUCCUUCCUGUCACCUGCCAGGCCGCCAGGCUCGGGCCUCGAGGUCGGGGCGGUGGGGGGUGUGGACGGCCAGUUGAGUCAUUUCCGUUGUAGUGCUCUUAUUUGGGAACCCCAUGGAGGUCCUCACCUCAUCUCUUUCCCAUCUCUCCCACGGGCCCGCGACGAACAAAGAGGGGAUGGGGUGGGGCUGUUUUAUCAUUUCGGAGGAUGAUAAGAGACACCGUGGAGAGAAUUAAAAAAAUAAGAAAGCCUCCCGGCUUUCUCGGGCCGCCGGUUUCCACCGUAGCCAUCUUGCCGUCUGAGCAAGUCAUGGAAGGGAGCCCAUCCCCAGGCAGGAGGGAGCAGGAUGCAAGGAAGAAACACAGAAUUGUCAGGGAAAACACUUCUCCUCAGGACCGGGACCUGGAUGAUUGAGUUUCAUCUCUUUCCGGUGGUCCCGAGAAGAAAGCUUGUGCCAAAGUCAGAACUGAGCUGCGGGGCCGGGGGAUCAGGAGCGAACAAGCGUGUCCCAUUGUGGGAUCGGAGUGGCCAUUUUGGUAGGUCGGGUCCCCACUGGAGAGGCCUGUGUUUCAAGGAGGGGAAUUGUGCUGGAUGUGUUUCGGUCCCUUUUUAGGGAGGCCAGAGGGGAGAAGAGAGAGUUUGGGACCAGCUGUCCUGGGAAGACCCUCAGUUGGGGCAACUUGUAGAGUCUUGUUUGACUCUCCUCACCCAGAGAGAUGAGGGGUGGCUAGGAAGACCGGGAAUAAUCUGUUCCACAACAGGCUUCAUGAGCGGAAUUAUCAGCCCCCUUGCAGAAGAGGAGGGGCAAGAAACUACCUUUCGCUGUGUGUCAGGGAAGGAAGGGGGCUGAGGCGAGAGGCAGAGAGGUACGGGCCCCCAAAGCUGCUUAAUGCUUGAUUGUAUUUAUAUAUUUUUGCAGGGCAGUUGAGGGAAGGGGAAUUUUGGCUCUCUGAAGGGGGAUCCUGAGGACCAGAGGGUAGUGAUAAAGAGGCAGUCCAGGAGAAGUAGUUCCGGUUGGGACCUUGGGAUCGGUGUGGUUUAGGAGAUAGGACCUUAAAGGCCCUGGGGAAAGCCAAACUGUCCAGCAACCCUCUUUCCCUUUUUCUCUGCCCUUCCUCGAGCACACCUCCAGUCAGCGAGCGUGUCAUCCGUGACCCGAAAAGCUGUAUUCGCAGGUUAUGAACGGAAGCAGAUUUUAACCAAACGGGAAUGGGAACGCCUCACCUGCCGCCGUGUCGGCACCCCAUCCUUCCUUUGGCUCAGGGCCCCGCAAGUUUUCCCAGAAUCCCCUGGAACCCCAGCUCGUUGUUGCCAAAGAAUGGGGGUGGAGUUUGGGGAUUUUCUUUUCUAUUCAAAUAUAAAGGAAACACAUUAAUUGCAUAUCUGUGAUAUCCUAUAAGUCUACUCUAAUAUAGAUGUGUUCUAAGAAGAAACUUCUCCCUGUCCCCUCUUUGGUGUCUGUCUUCCCUUCCGCUACACUACUUAAUAGACUUAUCGGGUGGGGAUGUUGGAGGAGUGAGGGGGAGGAGGAGAAGAGGGUUGGUGGGGGUCGUUGCUCCUCUCAGUAAAGUCAACUCCAGCCGGGAUCCACUUAGCUACGCUGAGAGUCAGAUGGCAUCGUUGAAAGUCAAGUCUUGGGAAGCGGGUUCUGUCAGUGAAGGCGUCCUUUAGCCUGUCCUCUUGCAUGUUAAGUGGGGAUUCCAAGAACGAGGCCCUAAUAUAUCAGCACCAAAAACUUCAUCUGGGCUUUCCCCAGAGCUCUUGGAUCCCUGCGUUAAAAACCAGGGGUGUCAGUGAGGACGAUAUCGGGAAGUUACUGACAUUGGGAGGAAUGAAGGAGGAUCCCACAGCUUGGCUGUGCAGUCCUCCAAGGAAACACGAUGAAGAAUAUGAAAUAUUUUGGGUGGAGCUCUCCCCCCCCCCACCCCCCAAGAGACUUAAAACAUUAACGUAUAAGAGCCUGUUUUCCUCUGGUGGUGGAGGUUGCAUUUUAAUUUCACGAAAAAGCCACUAACCAAAAAGCUAAAGGCUUCUCGAUGGGCUUUCCGUAUGUGAACAGUUGAGAAGGCGUGGGUGUCUUGAUACCCAUUUAAGAAAUCAUGGUAGACCUGAGAAUCCAUUGAGGAGUCUAUCAGUCCAUCAGCAUGCCUAAGAUCUCUUUGUAUUAAGAGGCUUUUCCUCUUUGGAUCUCACCGUUCGUCCGAAGAUGAGUAAAAGAGAAUCCAGUUGAACUCCUUUCUGGCUCGUAUGGAACCAACAGCGAUACCUGAGCCCAGACUGGCAGUUUUGUCAUUAUGGGAGGUGGAGAAGUUCAUUCCAAAGCUCUGUGGCUCAUUCGGGAGUUGGGACUUGUAACCGAGACAGCAGGUGGGCCCCAGAGCCAGGGGGUGGGCAACGAAUCAGUCCAUCCCAAGUACUUAUUGAGUGCCUACUGUGUGCAUUUAAUUAUCCUGAAUCUGAUCACUAUCCAACUUAUAAACUGUAACCCUCUCCUUUCAGUACCUCUUGUUUAUUGUUGCUCAUCAAUUUGUGAAGAGAGAAAAGUAAAUCGUUCUGCCUG